UAUGUUUCUGACAGGUGUGCAGUCAGCAAAAAAUUUCUUUAAAAAGGCAGUGUAUGUCCAGGAGUCUUCACAUCCCUUUGGCCAUGAGAGCAGUUGUUCUUGCCCUGACUCUAGCCCUUGUGGCGGGUCAACAGACUGCCCCAACACCAGACUUUGGCACCAGUAAGACCUAUGUGUAUAAGUAUGAAGCAGUGCUUCUGGGAGGUCUGCCUGAGGCAGGCCUGGCCAGAGCUGGAGUGAAAGUCAGCAGCAAGAUUCUCAUCAGUGGGGUCGCCCCGAAUACCUACUUGCUCAAGCUCAUGGACCCUCAGAUCUUUGAGUACAGUGGCAUCUGGCCCACAGACCCAUUUGUCCCAGCUGCAAAGCUCACCCAGGCCCUAGCUGCUCAGCUGCUUAUUCCCAUCAGGUUUGAGUACACUAACGGUGUCGUAGGGAGGGUGUUUGCCCCUGAAGGAGUCUCUGCAACAGUUCUAAAUGUCCACAGAGGUAUCCUGAACAUUCUUCAGCUCAACAUCAAAAAGACCCAAAAUGUGUAUGAGCUGCAAGAGGCUGGUGCUCAAGGAACUUGCAAGACUGACUACAUUAUCAGUGAAGACGCAAAGGCAGAGCGCAUUUACAUUACCAAGUCCAAAGAUCUGAACAACUGCCAGGAGAGAAUAAUGCAGGAUAUUGGCAUGGCAUACACAGAGACAUGUGCCCACUGUCAACAGAACGGAAAGAACCUGAGGGGAGCUGCGGCUUACAACUAUGUCAUGAAGCCAACUGCAGCUGGUGCUCUGAUUGCUGAAGCAACUGUUCAGGAGCUUCACCAGUUCACACCUUUCAAUGAGAUGACUGGAGCAGCCCAAAUGGAAGCCAGACAAGUCCUGACUUUCCUUGAGACCCAGAAUGCUGCAGUUCAGCCUAUCCAGGCAGAAUACAUAGCUCGUGGGUCCUUGGCAUAUGAAUUUGCAUCUGAGAUUCUCCAGACACCCAUUCAACUCAUAAGGAUCAGUAAUGCUCAGGCUCAGAUUGUGGAAAUCCUGAAUCACCUUGUGGCAAACAACAUGGCUGCUGUCCACGAAGAUGCUCCCCUGAAGUUUGUGCAGCUGGUUCAGCUCCUCCGUGUAGCCAGCUAUAAGAGUAUUGAUGCCAUAUGGGCUCAAUCCAAGGCUAACCCUGAUUUAAGACGUUGGAUCCUGGAUGCUGUCCCUGCCAUUGGAACACCAGUUGCGCUACAGUUCCUCGAGGAGAAGUUCCUGGCUGGUGACGUUACCACAGCUGAGGGGGCUCAGGCACUGUUGACUGCCGUGCAACUGGUCAAGGCUGACCAGUCCACCAUUGAACUUGCAGCCAGCCUGGUAUUCAACCCCAAGAUUCAGACAAACCCCAUUCUGCGUGAACUUGCAAUGCUUGGUUAUGGCUCCAUGGUCUAUAAGUUCUGUGCUGCACACCCCAGCUGCCCAGCUGAUGUCAUGAAGCCUGUCCAUGACAUUGCUGCAGAAGCUAUUGAUAAAGCCAAUGUGACUGAGAUCACCCUGGCACUGAAAGUUAUGGGAAAUGCUGGUCAUCCUGCCAGUCUCAAGACAAUCAUGAAGCUCCUGCCUGGAUUUGGCACUGCAGCUGCUGCACUCCCAACCAGUGUCCAUGCUGAUGCUGUGAUGGCCCUGAGGAAUGUUGCCAAAUUUGAGCGUAAACGGGUCCAGGGAGAGGCUUUGAAGCUGUUCAUGGACAGAGCCAAUCAUCCAGAGGUGCGCAUGGUGGCCAGUAUUGUGCUGUUUGAGACCAGGCCAACCAUGGGUCUGGUGACUUCUAUGGCUAACGCUCUGAAGAAAGAAGACAACCUACAAGUGGCCAGCUUCACCUAUUCACAUAUGAAGGCCCUGACCAGGAGCACUGCCCCUGAAUUUGCCCCAGUUGCUGCUGCUUGUAAUGUUGCUGUGAAGCUCCUGAGCCCCAAAUUAGACAGACUGAGCUACCGUUACAGCAAAGCAAUCCACCUUGAUGCGUACAGCACUAACCUAAUGGCUGGAGCUGCUGCCAGCGCAUUCCUUGUCAAUGAUGCUGCCACCAUUUUACCCAGGGCUGUUGUGGCCAAAUUGCGUGCCUACUUUGCAGGAGCAGCAGCUAAUGUUCUAGAGUUUGGAGCUAGAGCUGAAGGAAUUCAGGAGGCUCUAUUGAAAACACCUGGCGCUGCUGCUGGUACUGUUGGUGGUGCAAACAAGAUCAAUAGGAUGAGGCGUGUCUUGAAGGCUCUCGCAGACUGGAAAGCAGCACCAGGAAACGAACCACUGGCCUCCAUGUACUUCAAACUGUUUGGUCAAGAAAUUGCCUUCCUGAACAUGGACAAAGCCAUGAUUGAUCAGGCAAUGCAGUACACGGCUGACACUCCUGCAGCAGAUGCAGAUGCAAUGUUGAAGCGUGUGCUGAAUGCACUGCAGUCUGGAGCUGCAAUCCAGUGGGCCAAGCCCCUGCUGGCUGCUGAGGUGCGUCGCAUCUUCCCCACUGCCGCUGGAGUUCCCAUGGAAUUGAGUCUGUACACUGCAGCUGUAGCUGCUGCUGCUGCCAACAUCAAAGCUAUCCUCACACCUGCACCUGCUGAAGCAUUCCAUCUUUCUCAGCUGUUGAACACUGAUAUUCAUUUGGAAGCCGAGAUUACCCCAAGCUUUGCCAUGCACACAUUUGGUGUUAUGGGAGUGAAUACUGCCUUUAUUCAGGCUGCAGUUAUGGCCAGAGCUAAAGUGCACACCAUCCUCCCUCUGAAGUUUGCUGCAAGAAUCGACAUUGCUCAAGGCAACUACAAGUUUGAAGCUUUGCCUGUUCAGGCUCCGGAUCAUAUUGCAGCUGUGCGCUUUGAGACCUUUGCUGUGGCAAGAAAUGUGGAAGAUGCUGCUGCUGCUAGAAGCACUCCAAUGGUGCCUGCGGCUCUAGCAGCCCAGCUGUCCAAGGAGAAGUUCACAUCAAAGGCAGCAGAUUCUGCGGUUGGUGGUUUUUCAAGGUCAUCUGAAAUCAUUUAUAAUGAUGCCAAUGCUGGACCAAAAGUGAAGGCCAUAUCUGCAAGGGUUCAGCAGAUGUACUGUGGCUCUAGCUCAACCUUUGGGUUGACAGCAUGUGUUGAGGUUGCAUCCCAGAAUGCUGCGUUUAUGAGAAACAGCCCUCUUUACACACUGGUUGGAAAACAUGCAGUCAUCGCUGCCAUUAAACCAGCAGCAGCAGCUGAAGCAGCCAUCGAAAAAGUGCAGAUUGAAAUCCAGUAUGGACCCGAGGCAGCCUCAAAAAUAAUCAAACUGAUCACUCUGAAAGAUGGAGAGGAAACUCCGGAGGGAAAGGGUGUCCUGCUGAAACUGAAAAAGAUCCUGGCCACUGGAAAUCAGAACCGAAUGAGAAAUGUUACCAGCUCCUCCUCCAGCUCCUCCAGCCACCGUGCACUGAGCCUCAGCAAGAGCAGCCAUUCUUCUAGCUCUAGUUCCAGCUCUUCCUCUUCAGCUGCUUCUCAGCACAAGAAAAACAGCAAACACCAGGCCAGUGCUAGCAAGAUCAAGCAAACUCCCAGUAGUAGCAGUAGCAGUAGCAGCAGCAGCAGCAGCAGCAGCAGAAAGAGCAAGUCUCCCAAAGGCUCCAAGAAGGUCAGCGCCAGGUCCUGGAGUUCCAGUCGUUCUGUGAGUUCCUCCAGCUCCAGCAUGUCCCACGCGGAAAUCUACGACUACAAGUUCACCAAAAACCACAUCCACCAGCAUGCCGCCUCUAAAGGUGCAUCCAGGGGCAGGAUGUCCUCCAGUUCAAGAACCAGCAGCACUGGCAAUAGCAAAGCCAGUCGAAGCCUGAGCAGCAGCGCCAGUGGAAGUCGGAGCAGCAGCGCCAGCAGCAGGAGCAGUGCUAGCAGCUUUCAGGCCAUUUACAAUAAGAACAGAUACCUUGGAGAUUCUGUGCCCUCUGCCAUGGCCAUUACUGUUCGUGCAGUGAGGGCUGAUGGAAAGAAGCAAGGAUACCAGAUUGAAGCCUAUAAGGAUGCUGCUGCUGCUAGGGUGCAGAUCAUUAUGGCUGCUCUUGCUGAAAAUGAGAACUGGAAGCUGUGCGCUGAUGGCAUCAUGCUGAGCAAACACAAAGUCAUGGCUAAGUUUGGCUGGGGAGCAGAAUGCCAGGAAUAUGCAGCAGUUGUCAAGGCAGAGACUGGCAUGAUGGGUGCAAGCCCUGCAGCCCGCGUGAAGCUGGAAUGGACCAAGAUUCCCCGUGCUGCUAAGCACUAUGCUCACAAGAUCGCUGCUUACGUCCCUGGUGCUGCUCUCAUGGCUGGAAUAAAUCAGGGCAGACCCAGGAACAGAGCGGGACAAAUCAAAUUUACUGCAGCUGCCACUUCUGAGAGGACCUUCAAUUUCAUAAUGAAAACACCAAGGAUGACCCUGUAUAAAUUGGCUGUGGCCCUUCCCUUUGCCCUGCCUUUUGGAGCUGGAGCUGCUGCUCGCCCAGAUCAGAGCAUUCCCAGUAGAAUUGCUGAAGUCAAUGGAGUGCAGUGCAGCCUGGCCAAUGAUACCCUGACCACAUUCAACAACAGAAGGUACAGAAAUGAAAUGCCCAUCUCUUGCUACCAAGUGCUGGCCCAGGACUGCACCCCAGAGCUUAAGUUCAUGAUUCUGAUGAAGAAGGAUCCAGUUUCUGAACAGCAACAUUUCACUGUGAAGCUUGAUGACAUGGAUGUUGACCUGUACCCCAGUGACAGUGUAUUGCGGAUGAAGAUCAACGGCAAGGAAGUACCUACCACCAGCUUACCUUAUGAACAUCCCACAGGUUCAAUCGUCAUUGGACAGAACGGUGAUGGGCUGUCUCUCUAUGCUGCCAGCCAUGGCCUGCAUGAAGUCUACUUUGACAAAAAUACAUGGAAGGUCAGAGCUGCUGAUUGGAUGAAGGGUCAGACUUGUGGAAUGUGUGGAAAGGCUGAUGGUGAAGUUAGACAGGAAUUCCGCACUCCCAGCGGACGCUUGACCAAGAAUGCUGUCAGCUUUGCCCAUUCUUGGGUCCUUCCUGCAGAAAGCUGUCGUGAUGCCAGCCAGUGCUACAUAAAGCAGGAGUCAGUGAAGCUGGAGAAGCAGAUGAUUCUGGAUGGACAGGAGUCUAAAUGCUACUCUGUUGAGCCUGUGCUCCGCUGUCUGCCUGGCUGCAGCCCUCAGAGGACCACCCCUGUCACUGUUGGCUUCCACUGCAUCCCCACUGAUUCCAGAGUGAACAUGUCUGGGGGCCUGAACAGCAUUGGUGAGAAGAGUAUAGAUCUUAGGGAAACAGUUGAAGCCCACCUGGCUUGCCGCUGCACAGAUGAGUGUGCAUAAUCCAUACCUGCGUCAGGCAUUGCACCACUUUCUAAAGUUUAUCAAUUCAUUUUUCCAGUACUGAACACUUUUGUGUCCUGGGCUGUUUAAAUUGUAAAUAAAAUCUAAGCCGCAUAUUACAA